AUGGGCCGCCUUGGACGUUGGACGACGCAGACGCCUGCUGCCGAGGUGCAGAGCGUCGAUACGGAUCUCGGCCGCGGCCAGCAUCACGACGGCUCGCGCGAGCACCUCGUGGUCCAGCCGCUCCGGUCGUGGAAGGGCUACAUCUGGGACACGUGGGAGCUGCCGGCAGACCAGCGCCGGCUGCUCUUCAAGGUCGAUGCCUUCCUGCUCACCUUUGCCUCGAUCGGCUACUUUCUCAAAAACCUGGACCAGACCAACGUGACGAACGCAUACCUCAGCGGCAUGAAGGAGGAGCUCUCGAUGCUGGGCAACCAGCUGGUGACCAGCACUUCCGUCUGGACCGUCGGCUACGUCGUCGGCCAGAUCCCAUCCAACCUCCUGCUCACCCGCGUCUCGCCCCGAUGGGUCAUCCCCACGCUCGAACUCGGCUGGGGUGUCGCCACGAUCGCCACAUCGGCCGUCAAGUCCUACCGAGCACUCUAUGCCCUUCGCUUCCUCGUCGGCAUCUUUGAAUCCGGCUUCUAUCCCGGCAUCCACUACAUGCUCGGCUCCUGGUACACCCCCCAGGAGAUUGGCAAGCGCGCCAUGAUCUUCUGGCUGGCCGGAUCUAUGGGCCAACUCUUCAGCGGUUUCCUCCAGGCCGCUGCCUACAGCAAUCUCGACGGUGUGGCCGGUCGGUCUGGCUGGCGCUGGCUGUUCAUCAUAGAUGGGAUUAUAACGCUGCCACUCGCCGUCGCUGGUUACCUCUUCCUGCCAAACCUGCCACAGAGCGGAGUGAAGACCUGGUGGAUCACCGAGAAGGAGAACCGCCUGUCGUCUGAGCGGAUGGGCGCCAUCGGCCGCGCUGGCACUACGCCCUGGACCCGUAAGAAGGUCGUCCGGAUCCUUCUUAGCUGGCACACGUACCUGCUGCCAUUCUUGUACGUGGUCUGGAACAACGGCAUCCCCCAGGUUGGCAUGGGCUACUGGCUCAAGAGCUUCAAUGCCAAGCCUCAUCCAGUCCCUGGCGUCACUUUUUCCGUGUCGCAGAUCAACGAUCGCAUGUCGCUCAUCUGGGGCUGGCUGUCGGACGGGCCGCUGAAGGGAGCCCGGUGGCCAUUCAUCUACAUUGGUGCUGUCAUCACGCUGAUCUUCUCCGUCGUCUUGCUGAGGAUGCCGCUCUACUCGGACAUCCACGGCCGCAAAAUCGUGUACUGGCUUAGCAACAUUGGCAUGGGCGCGGGUCCUCUAAUUCUCAGCUGGAUCAACGAGAUCUGCUCCAACGACACGGAAAAGAGAGCACUGCUCGUCGGCGCUGCAAACGAUCUUGCCUAUGUGGUCCAGGCCGUUGUCUUGCUCUGGGUCGACAAGCGAAGAGCAGCUCGGGCUAUUCCAGAUCAGUUUAUCGAGACAAGUGCUGCAAGCGAAUUUAAGACAGGACAUGACUUGGACGAGAAGGCAACAGACUCAGCCAAGACUACGGAAGUAACGCCGACCAGUUUAGUUUAG